AUGUUACUUACACGGGGGGCCACUGGGAAGAAUGUCCUACCACUGGAGAUCAGUGGGAAGAAUGGUCCUUACAUUGGGGCCAUGGGAAGAAUGUCCUACCAUUGGAGAUCAGUGGGAAGAAUGCUCCUUACAUUGGGAGCCAUUGGGAAGAAGGUCCCCUACCAUUGGAGAUCAGUGGGAAGAACGCUCCUUACAUUGGGGGCCAUUGGGAAGAAUGUCCUACCCUUGGAGGUCAGUGGGAAGAAUGCUCCUUACAUUGGGGGCCAUUGGGAAGAAUGUUCCUUGCAUUGGGGGCCAUUGGGAAGAAUGUCCUACCAUUGGGGGCCAUUGGGAAGAAUGUCCUACCAUUGGGGGCCAUUGGGAAGAAUGUCCUACCACUGGAGAUCAGUGGGAAGAACGCUCCUUACAGUCAGUAGGAUG